AGCACAAGUUCCCCACAUCUCACCUCAAUCCAUUAAAAACCACCAUGGCUAUCUCUCCAAUUUUCUUGCUAGCUAUCUUCUCUCUCAUUUUUGGCAAUGCUGUUCCUCCCAUUCAAGCCAGCCACCACGUUUACACAAAUCUUCAGACUCUUUCUUCUGAUUCCUCUAAUCAACCUUAUAGAACUGCUUAUCAUUUCCAACCUCCCAAGAAUUGGAUUAAUGACCCUAAUGGGCCAAUGAGGUAUAAAGGACUCUACCAUUUGUUCUAUCAAUACAAUCCAAAAGGUGCUGUUUGGGGCAAUAUUGUGUGGGCCCACUCUGUGUCAAAGGAUCUAGUGAAUUGGACUCCACUAGAUCAUGCCAUCUACCCUUCUCAGCCGUCUGAUAUCAAUGGAUGUUGGUCAGGCUCCGCCACAAUGCUUCCUGGGGGCAAGCCAGCCAUUUUAUACACAGGAAUAAAUCCUAUGAAUAAACAAGUCCAAAACUUAGCCUUUCCCAAAAACAUGUCUGACCCAUUACUUAGGGAAUGGGUCAAGUCCCCAAAAAACCCUCUGAUGGCACCAACUAUUGCUAACAAGAUCAAUGCAAGCUCAUUUAGAGACCCCACCACUGCUUGGCUAGGCAAAGAUGGGUACUGGAGGGUGCUGAUUGGAAGCAAAAUAAACACUAGGGGUAUGGUAAUUUUGUACAAGAGCAAAAACUUUGUUAAUUGGGUCCAAGCCAAACACCCCCUACAUUCAGCAGAAGGAACUGGAAUGUGGGAGUGUCCUGAUUUCUAUCCAGUUUUGAACAAGGACCCAUUAACUUUGGGCCUUGACACAUCUGAGAAUGGUGAUGAUGUUAGGCAUGUGCUCAAGGUUAGUUUGGAUGAUACCAAACAUGAUCAUUAUUUGAUUGGGACUUAUGACACUGCCAAGGAUAUCUUUAUUCCGGACAAGGGAUUCCAGGAUAGCCAAUCUGUCUUGAGAUAUGACUAUGGAAAAUAUUAUGCUUCAAAAACGAUUUUUGAGGAUGGAAAGAACAGAAGGGUCUUAUUCGGUUGGGUUAACGAAUCCUCAAGUGUUGCUGAUGAUAGAAAGAAAGGAUGGUCUGGAAUCCAUACUAUUCCAAGGGCUAUCUGGCUUCAUAAAUCGGGAAAACAGUUGGUCCAAUGGCCGGUUGUGGAAAUUGAAAGCCUGCGUGUGAACCCUGUCCACUGGCCCACCAAAGAGGUCAAAGGUGGUGAACUGCUUCAAGUUACUGGUGUUACUGCAUCCCAGGCUGACGUUGAAAUUUCAUUUGAAGUGAAUGAUUUUGGAAAGGCCGAAGUAUUGGACCAAUGGGUAGAUCCCCAAAUCCUGUGUGGACGAAAGGGUGCAUCCGUAAAAGGUGGUUUGGGACCCUUUGGUUUGCUAGUUUUUGCUUCUCGUGGCAUGCAAGAGUACACAGCUGUUUUCUUUAGAAUAUUUAGAUACCAAAAUAAAAAUUUGGUUCUCAUGUGUAGCGACCAAAGCAGAUCUUCUUUGAAUAAAGAUAACGAUAUGACCACCUAUGGGACUUUUGUGGACAUAGACCCUCUUCAUGAGAAGCUGUCGCUAAGAACUUUGAUUGAUCACUCAAUAGUGGAGAGUUUUGGAGGAGAAGGAAGGGCAUGCAUCACAGCCAGAGUAUAUCCCACAUUAGCAAUUAAUGAUAAGGCACAACUAUUUACUUUCAAUAAUGGAACUGCUGCUGUCAAGAUCACAAGUUUGAGUGCUUGGAGCAUGAACAAGGCAAAAAUCAACUGAAACCAAGUGCUAGUGAUAAAGACUAAAAAAGAGGAACCCAAUUAAGGAUUCAUGUCAUGAUAACCAAUAUUUUUCUUUUAUUAGUGCCUAAGAAUUUGUUAUUAUCUUGUAACAAUGGUGCGUGUUAUUCAUCUUAAAAAAUAUUUGAUAAGAAAUAUAUGAAAACAAUACGUUUUGUAAACA